UCCAGCUAUACACUCUCAUUCAAUUGAAAGACAACCUCACUCUUUUCUUUUUAUCCUUUUUUUUUUUUCUAUCAAUUAAUUUAUUUUUCCUUUUUUAUGUGGUGUCUAACUUUUAAAAAAGAAAAAAAGAAAAAACGUUUCUAUAUAUCUCAACUCACUAGAGCAAACACAGAGGAACUGAUCAGAUUUCAGAUCAAGACCAUUACACUAAACAGACAUGUUUAAUCUCUUACUGAUUUUUUUCAUGCUUCUGGGCAUAUCCCACGCCCAGAAUGAGAAAACGACAUACGUCGUCCGCAUGGCGAGCCACCAAAUGCCGAAGGCCUUCGAGCGCCACGCCCACUGGUACGCCGCGUCGCUCAAAUCGGUUUCCCCAUCGGCCGAUAUGCUCUACACCUACAACAAUGUCGUGCACGGCUUCUCCACCAGACUGACCGACGACGAGGCCCGAUCUCUCCAGGGCCAGCCCGGAGUCAUCUCCGUCUGGCCGGAGCUCAAGUACGAGCUCCACACCACUCGGACGCCGGAGUUCCUCGGACUCGGCAAGAGCACCGACGCGCUCUUCCCCGAGACCGACUCGGUCAGUGACGUAGUCGUCGGAGUACUCGACACCGGCGUUUGGCCGGAAAGCCACAGCUUCGCCGACGACGGGCUCGGCCCGGUUCCGGCCAGCUGGAAGGGAUUCUGCGAGGAAGGGACGAACUUCACUUCCUCGCAUUGCAAUCGGAAGCUCAUCGGAGCGAGAUUCUUCUCCAGAGGCUACGAGGCGACGCUGGGCCCCAUCGACGCUUCUCGCGAGUCGAAGUCGCCUCGGGACGACGACGGCCAUGGGACCCACACGGCGAGCACGGCGGCGGGAUCUGUCGUGGAGGGAGCCAGCUUGUUCGGGUUCGCUGCCGGGACGGCGCGUGGGAUGGCCACGCGCGCGAGAGUGGCCGUGUACAAGGUCUGCUGGCUCGGUGGCUGUUUCAGCUCCGACAUAUUGAAGGGAUUAGACCAAGCCGUGGAGGACAACGUUAAUGUUUUGUCCAUGUCUCUCGGCGGCGGAAUGUCCGAGUACUACAGAGACAGCGUGGCGGUCGGAGCUUUCGCGGCGAUGCAGAAGGGGAUAUUUAUAUCCUCCUCCGCCGGUAAUGCGGGUCCCAGCGAUUUUAGUUUAUCAAACGUGGCGCCGUGGAUCACUACGGUAGGCGCGGGCACACUGGAUCGGGACUUCCCGGCUUACGUCAGCCUCGGCAGCGGGCAAAACUACUCAGGCGUGUCGCUGUACAAAGGUGACGCAUUGCCCCACGGGAUGUUGCCUCUUAUCUACGCCGGUAACGCCAGCAAUGCCACGAACGGAAAUCUUUGCAUGAUGGGGACGCUGAUUCCAGAGAAAGUCGCCGGAAAAAUGGUGCUCUGCGAUCGAGGACUCAACGCCAGAGUCCAGAAAGGCGCGGUGGUCAAAGCCGCCGGCGGACUGGGGAUGGUCUUGGCUAACACCGCCUCCAAUGGCGAAGAGCUCGUUGCCGACGCCCACCUUUUGCCGGCGAGCUGCGUCGGCGAGAAAUCCGGUAACGCCAUAAAGAAGUACCUUUUCUCCGAUACGAACCCGACGGUGACGAUUCUCUUCGAGGGGACGAAGGUCGGGGUCCAGCCGUCGCCGGUAGUGGCGGCGUUCAGCUCGAGGGGGCCGAACUUGAUCACGCCACAGAUUCUCAAGCCCGAUAUCAUCGCGCCAGGUGUCAACAUCAUAGCGGGAUGGUCGGGGAAGCUGGGUCCCACCGGGCUGGCCAUCGAUUCACGACGCGUGGCGUUCAACAUCAUCUCCGGGACGUCGAUGUCGUGCCCUCACGUCAGCGGUCUCGCGGCGCUUCUCAAAGGGGCCCACCCGGAGUGGAGCCCAGCCGCGAUCCGCUCGGCUCUUAUGACCACGGCGUACUCGUCGUACAAGGACGGCCAGAUAUUGCUCGACAUUGCCACCGGGAAGCCGUCCACGCCGUUCGAUCACGGUGCCGGACACGCGGAUCCCGUGGCGGCCCUUGAUCCCGGUUUGGUAUACGACUUAACCGUCGACGAUUACUUGGAUUUCCUCUGCGCUUUAAACUACACCGAUGAUCAAAUAAGUGGGCUUACGAGGAAAGAGUUCUCCUGCGACGCGAAGAAAAAAUACAGUGUGACCGAUCUUAACUACCCUUCAUUUGCCGUAAAUUUUCAGAGCAAUGGAGGAUCUAGCGUGUAUAAUUACAGUCGUACACUGACUAAUGUGGGCCCAGCGGGGACGUACAAGUUGUCGUUGAAAUCGGAGACCCAAUCGGUAAAGAUCUCGGUUGAGCCCGAAACGCUGUCGUUUAGUCACGCGAAUGAGAAGAAAAGCUAUACGGUGACGUUUACUGCGGUCGGUUCGAUGUCGCCGGACUCGAAAAGUUUUGGUCGUAUCGAGUGGUCGGACGGUAAGCACAUUGUUGGCAGUCCAAUUGCGUUUAGCUGGAGCUGACAAGAGGAAGAAUUAGGAGAAGCUAAUUAAGGUUUAAUAAUCAAUACUAAUUCAUCCCACUCAAAGAGGGGUUUGAUCGCUUUUCCAAAGUUAUAUCUAUGAUGUUCUUUCCUGCUUAUUAUUUAUUAUAAUGGAAGCUGCAUAACACAUUUUAGGUUUUUGUCUUAAGAGAGAAAAACAAGGAAAAUCAUGAAAAGAGGUGGUGGGGUGUUAUUGUUGCUUUUUAUUUUAGUGUAUAUUGUUCUUGGGCAAAGCCCACGUAUACAUAUAAUGUGUACACAUAUGCCUAGUUGAAAAUUAAAUGAAGCCUUAU